AUGAAUGUCGCACAGUUUUUAACCGGCCGUGUGGAAGAGUUGGCUGCAUUUUCUGCUUUGUUGUUUCGUAAACGACCUCGUCAUGAGAAUGAGAGGGCCUUUUCUCGUACGGCACGCUCUGUUGUUCACUACCGCCGUCCGUCUUCUGCGAAUGUGCCGCUGUCAGAAGUGAUGCGGUUGGCGAAUUUUCGCUCACGGAGGUCUAAACGUUUUGUGCGACUGUUGGCAGCCGAGGAGCCUCCACCAGCAACACCGAAAACAGUCGAAGAAGAGAAAGGACGGGUGCAGAAGAAAAAACGUCUCCUAACUUAUAGGGCGUGGUGCUUGCUUUUAAGGCGACGCCGUAGAUUUCUGUUGAGGCGACGAGCGACGACACGUCGUCGAAUUCGACGUCGGAUUAUUGCUCUUCGUUACGGUAAGACGCAACUUCCCCUUUGCAGCUGUGGAUCUCCUGCUGGUGCGCCUCCACCUUCUCUUCCCCCGUGUCUCUCCACGCAGGCUUUUUCCUCUGGUGGAGGCCGGACGGCAGUGCUUUGGCUGCCCACCCAUUGGCGAUUUUGCCGUCGGUUUCAUUACAGUGUUCUCAAGACGCGUAUUAACGGCUGUUCCUCAUCACCGGAUGACGACUUCUCUUCGAGGCUUGUGACCGUGCGGAUUGCUGUGCCAACGACAAGCCAGCGUAAACAGCAUCGUGUCCUACAGCGAUGGGCUGCACGGCUGCCAUCAUGUUGUGCACUGGGAAAACCUCCCCGACGGCUUAAAAGCAAGCCAAUGGCUGUUCCACCGCCCUUGUGUUUUGCGGCCGAACGCUCUCAUAUGUGUGUCUGGGCAAUCCAAUCACGGGAAAACGGGCACCCAUUAACUGCCGAGGAGGUGAUGAACAUUUUGAUGAUAAAAACCUGUAAAGCACCCCCGGUUACUCUUCACACGAGAGAUCUGGCGACGAUGGCACAAACACCGGUUAAUUCCGUGCCGUAUGAAACGUGUUGGCGGCGUACUGAGAGUGGCGUUUUUUACGGGUACAUGUGGUCUCUGGGAAAAGCUAUUAGCAAAGCGAAAUGGUUGUUGAGGGAAGGCAUGGAAUUGUUUGACACCGAAACAACACCAAUAGUUGUGCCCGUUAUACUUCUACGGAAUGAGGAUGUGGAUGGCGGUACGUACCAUCUUGUGGCCUCCACACCUGUGCACAUUGGGGCCCGUGCCAGACGAGGAUUAGAAAUGCGACUUGUUUCUCAUUGGAAUCCCUGUGGUGCACCCAAACCCAUGUGUUCCAUGUUUGAACUCUGGUGUUGUGCUGAUGCAGUCAGCGUGAAGGGAGCCGAUAUGUCGUUGACGAGGGAUGGCUCAUUUAUCCUAGAAUGGAUACGGGGGCGAGUGCAUGCCGCUGUGGGAAGAUGGUGUAGAGUGAAUAAGAUUUCCUCAUUUGCACAACAAGAGGGAUAUGAAACGAACAACAAUUCAUCAUCACUCAUUAAAAGAACGACGGUGUGCGUUUUCCCGUCAAUUCCACCAAACCUCGAAACCAUUGAUCAUACCUCUUUCCCUGUGCAUCGCUGUGUUAUGUCUAUUCUUGUCUUUUCCAAGGAAUCCUUUCCCCAAUUGGACACAACCGGCAGCGCCGUGCGGCGGGAUCGCAUGCGUCAUUUUCAGUUCGCCCGGAAGCUUUUUGCUUCUCUGACUGACGCCACCGCCACCGCGUGGAGAACGAUACGCCAUGACGACGAAAAGAUUGCGUGGGCGUUUCGUCUUUGUCAAUCGCUUGGGUACAGACGCAACGUCCGAAUAAUUGGCGAGGAGGAAAGAGAAACACUGCUGUCUCUGAUUGGGUGUCCUGCCUUUACCGAUGUGAGCGGUAAAAAUGCGUCUUUUCAGAUCUCUCGUAUGGCUCGACUGCGUUGCUCUCCAUCAAACGCACAUCAACGCGUCCUGCUGAAAUUCGCGGCGAGGGGUGGUCGAGAGCACCAACGUGAGGGAAGUGCUCUUUUUGUUUUGAAGCCAGGAAGCCCUGCCGAGCUGUUUCACGUUGGGGCAGUUACUUCGGCGCCAUUCUUUUCAAUGCGCUUUGGCACUCGUGUGGCAUACGCGUGGGUAUGGGAUGACGCUGGAUGGGAACUGGUAAAAUUUUACGCGCGGUUCUCACUGCGCAAUGUUUUCCGCGAAGAAACAGAAGUUUUUCAUGAAGGGCCGAAGAGGGGUGAUGCUACCGAGCAUAGCGGUGCAGGCAGCGGUGGCAAUAUCUGCUUUUUUCUCGCGGCCGCUGAAAAGGUCUCAUGUCUUGUACCGUUUCUUAAGAAUUCUCCCAUUCGCAUUCCUGGCUGUUCUGCUUCCUCUUGUCCUGUUGAGGGCGAAGUGAGUCGGCAACGCUGGCAUCACAGACAUGGCACGAAGAGGAUGAGAACGGGUGAUCCCGUCGUCUCCGCCAAGAUGAGGAGUUGGCGGGCGAUGGAGACGAUGUUGUGCGAUGGCGACACGUGCCUUCCGGUAGAGGUCGUUCUUCUCGGCACGGCUGGUGGUUGCCGUGUGAGGCUGUCGUCAAGACAUUCCUGUGACAGUGACGUGACAAGAACAACAACAGUGUGA